AUGGCUCGUGCGGAAGUCGAAUUCUCUCGUGAGGCGGUUUUACCAGCCUACAAAAACCGACUCAUGGGGGAGACUGGGUCGCUCCAGCGUCCUCAAAAAGCGCGUCCCAGCCUCGAAUCCAGACGUACAGCCUCCUACAAUAUCUUCCCGCCUCAGAAUCUCAACGACUCUCAAGGGUUCCCCUUUCCCGAUGUUUCCGACAACACGCGCUCCCCCGUGGAACGUCGAAAGCGCGGUUCCAUGGCCUCCAGCUUUGCGCACGACGCUCACAUGGAACAGCCCUGGCUCUCAGAGUCACAUCAGUUGAUGAACGCGUCUGAAAACAACACUUCCUCCGAAGGUCUCGACUAUCGCACUCACAAAAGUAAAUCAGUGAAGCCGAGGGUGCACAUCAAGCCCAUCUUGCGAAAAAUGUCUCGGGAUGACGCGACAUCGACCUCGAUUGAUUUGUCUCGAUCCUCUACCGAGCAAGAAGGACUGGGUAUCUACAUGAACUUCGAGCGAGAGCGCGGUGGCUCUGUGACAGGCGUCACAUACAAAAGAACGCCAUCCGGUCUGCACAAUCGAUCCACCAGUGGAACCUCCCAAUUCUCCAACGGGUCCGGAUCCAGUGGAGGAAAGCCUGGAUCUCAGUAUGUGCAUCCAAUGCGGCAAACCCCCCGCGCAUAUACACCACCACUGGGCCAGUCCUACCAAGAGUCGAACGACAGCGACGACCUCGAUGAAAGUCCCGAGUCAGAGCCCGCAGGCCUGCCGGAGUCGUAUUCCAGCCAAGCGCCACCCCGACUGUCAUUGCAAAUCCAAGAUGACUCGCUCACCCGUCUCCCUUCGAUCUCGCAAACCAACGUGACCAGUCGGCCAUCCUUCAGCUACUCGCGGGAUUGGGACUCUACCACAUCCCCAACCUCCCGAGCUUCCCUCGACUUUGUGUUCCGAUCUCGAACCCGAACCAGCACCGAUCCCAUUUCUCGUGCAGCCACUGUACAAGCAGCUCGCCAGGCCUUUGAGGAAAAAGAAGCCGAAAAGAGCCGACGCCUCGAAAAGCAACAAAUCAAAGCUGAAGAAAGGGGCAGUCGACGCCGUUUGAAGCGACACACCUCCUCCAAUGGUCCCGAGUCACCCGUCUUGCAGUCGAGUGAAGAUGUUUCUGAGAAGCCCCGAGGAUCCACCAUUCAUGAAAGCGAAACAACCUCCCCCUCGUGGAAGUCGCAAUCAAAAAGCACCUGGGUGCUCUUCAUGACAUGGCUCCGGACUCGGAUCUUCAAAUUGAAGCGAAAGAUCCGCAAGCAUUGA